AUGGCUGUCAUCGACGAGCUCAAGGGUGUGAAAGUCACCGUCCAAGUCAACGGCCAGGAAGCCGUUGAGUACGACGACCCGGAUGGCUUGGAGAACGAUAUUAACCGCAAGCACGCAACCCACCGUACCUUCAACUACAUCGAGUCCAAGGACGAUACCUGCUUCACCGUAACGUACGAGGUUAAUAACAUGCACCGGUGGCAAAGCCCGAAAAGCGGCUUCUCACUCUACUUAUAUGUCGACGGCAAGCGCAUGGAUAGUGUCGUUUGCGAGGCGAGUCGCUUCUACCCAUUCGAUCCAUCUUACGAAUGGAGCACAGUUGUUGAGGGUUCUCGAGAAAGCUCAAGGGACCCCUCUUUUGAUCGUCUGAGCAAAUUCAAGUUCUCCCAAGUCACUACUGUUGACGAUGCCACCAAGGAGCGCGUCGAGGGAGACUCUAAUAAGGCAAAGUCCCUCGGCGUCAUCGAGGUCUUUGUCUACCCCUUGACCAUCACAGGGCCUUCGUACUCGUCAGGCCACGAGCACUACCACGACAAUCAGAAUUCCAGUUUCAACAUUGCGGAAAAGGCGCUCAAGGGCCGCGCAGUCUCUCACGAAUACCUCAACGGCGGCAAUCCUAUCGCGUGCUUCAUGUUUAAAUACCGUUCCAGAGAUGCAUUGCAAAAGGAGCUCAUCAUUCCUCGGUCUCCAAGCCCCGAGGCCAUUGACGAGCUUUCUGAGGCCGAUAUUAGACGGUUAGCUGCGGAGCGUCUAGACGAGAUUAACAAUGGACGUCGAUCUGGCACCGUCAAGCAAGAGAGAAAGGGUCCUAUCAUUAAACGCGAGUUUGCCGAGAUCUACGACCUCACCGAGGAGCCUGCCAGACGCGAAUGGAAGAAGAUCAAGAUCGACGCCAACAGAGAGGCUAUUGACCUCACCGACGACUAG